CAUCACAUUAUGGCAUCAAGAUUUCCCGAAGGAAAACAAGUUCAACUCCGACCUAGAAAAGGUCAUGACAUGAAAUGGUCAUGUGACAAGCAUGGUGAGCCAAUCAAAUUUUACUGUAAGAAACACAAAAUUCCUAUUUGUCAUCCAUGCGCUACCAAAGAUCACAGCCAGAAACCAUGCAAGCUAGACGACAUCGAGGAUGUCAUCUUCGAAAGGAGGAGACAGCUAGAUGAAAAACGGCCAAAAAUAUUGGAACUUCAGAAACAAAUGGAAGCACUCAACACGAAAAUAAAGACUACAUCAACGUCUGGAAGUGCUCAUCUUCAGACAAUUAACAAUAACAUUCAAGCAUCAUAUUACGACAAGAUCAAAUCUGUUGAAGAAAAGGAGAACAGGAUUAUUAGGGUUAUUAACGAAGAGGCAGAUGAGGAAAUAAGACUAGUAAAUGAGAAGAGAGAAAAACGGAUCAAGGAUUGCAACAUCGAGAGAGAAAAGGAGCGAAGUAUCAUCAAAGACAAAGAAGCAAAACUUCUGUCAGAUGCAAAGAAAAUCAGCGAAGUCGCUUCUAAGAAGAUCAAAGAUCUUACUAAUGAGAAUCAGCAUAUAAUAAACACUAUCAAGAACAUUGAAUCAACCAUGAAACGAAUAAACCAACAUGAUGAAACAUUGGUGAAUGAAGCUCAUCAAGUACUUGCAUCUAUUGAUGAAAAUUUAAAUUUUAAUGUUCAUCAAGAUGUUAGCGACUGCCUUGACCGAAUACAGAUUGAAGUUGAGAGAGUAAAGUUUGUAGAGGGGGAAGUAGGUGGAGAAUACUAUGGUAGAAUUGAUGGGUAUAUCGGUAAAUGGGAACUUGUCAAGUCAAUACACAUUACAUCGGUUAAUUACCCAUUUGUGCGUGGUUUAGUCAGUGAGAAUGAUAUAUGUGUACAGGACGUAGAUAACAAUGGCAUGUAUGUUACAAACAUCAACACUCAACACACAGAGAAAGUCAUUGAUGAAGGUCUGUUGAUUACAUCAUGUGCGCCCAUAGACAAUAACGUAAUAGUAUGUGGUAAGUGGAGAGAUGAUUGCACGGGUGACAGGUUAGAUGGAUUCAUCACUCUCUAUGACAGACAAUGGAAGGAAAUAAUAGACAUCAACAUACCAAGGAAUGAAUACGGAUUUUAUUGUAGUGUGUACGUUGAUAUUGACAGUGAUAGGAUGAUCAUCACUGGUCAGUCCUAUCAGUCUAAUAUCUACGUCAUCAAUCCUGCUAAUGAUAAGGUAGUAAACACUAUUACGAUGCAGGAUAAGGAGGUGUUUGGAGAGAUACAAGCCUUGUCAUCAGGUGAUAUCGUUGUGAAUACAGGUUAUGGUGGAUGCACUGUCAUCUCCCGAUCAGGAGAAGAGAAGGCUGUCAUACACGGUAAUGAGUUGGACGCCCCAGAGUAUAGUGUUGACAAACUGACAGACACACUCUACAUCACGCAUAGAGUGCGUAAUACCUAUUCAGUUGAUCAGGUGUCACGUGAUGGUAUCAUCCAGGCAAGGAGAAUCGUGGAAUACGUGAAAUCAGAUCGCACUAACUUCAUGGGCCCUUGUCUUGUUACUCCAUCUGGUAACCUCGUAGGAUGUGAUGGGGACAAACUUCAUCUUUACAAGAAGACAUUCACUUUGUAAGUCAUCAAGUAUUUCAACGAAUGAUUAAAAAGAAAUAUAGACGAGAUACUUAUUUCAUUUUCAUUCACAUCCCCCAACAUGACUACAUUUACAAUGCGCGUGGUUACGGUGUGAAUGUUGUAUCAAUAUACAGGUGCAAUGUAUUGGGGUGUUGCAAGAUAUUUCGAUCGAUUUCAAGUGAAUUUUAGAUUCCUAAAUCAAUUGAAACUCGUGCAUUUCAUUGGAAAUUUGCAACUGAUUGAUGGUCAGCUUAUGUUACAUACAAAUAUAAAAUGAUUUGCUUUGGUUAAAAUUGAUCUAUCAAUAGCUACAUUUGCAUAUGAAGCAACACCCCCUAUGUCUUACAAAAUGAAGAGGCUAACAUUCAACCAUCUUUAGAUUUAUAUUUUGAUUAAAAUGUAUA